UCCAACAAGACCACACCUCCAACAAGGCCACACUUCCUAAUAGUAGUGCCAUUUCCUUUGGGGGCCAUUUCUUUCAAAUGCCCCCUGAAAUUGGAGAGACAGAUACAAUGCCAUGGAAAAGCCCUGAUGAGAAUUGGGUAGGAAAGCCUGCACCAAAACUGAUGAAUUGUUAGAGGCUCAGUGUGAAAAGAAAAUUCUGAGAGAUGAAUAUUCCAGGGGACUCUACAGUUUUGAGGCCCCCACACUUUCAUGGGUUUCACACACACACACACACACACACACACACACACACACACACACACACACACACACACACACACACACAGAGGUUCUAACUGUGAAUAUUUGAGGAAUCUCUCCCUGGUCUCCUGCCAGGAAGUGUACUGAGGAGGGGGACAUUCAGAGUUUCUUAAUAAAGGAAACUUUUUAACUAGAACCUAACAUGGUCUGGUUCUGUCAGAACCUAACUGACCCAGGACAAGACAAACAUGCAAUUUCAGCCGACCCUGUCCCCAUUUAAAUGGAAGAAAUGAAGGCAGAAAGAAGAAGCAUGUGUAGGGAUCAUGGUUCAAAGGUGUAACUAACUGGAAGAUUCGGACCUAAUCAUAGGAGCAGAGAAUGUGGCCCAGCCCCCUUGUCUUACCACCAGACAUGAAUACCUGUCUCUAACAACUUCCUUCAUCAUGUCUGUCUAUAAAGAAAAAUUCACAAGAUACACAAUUUGAAGAAACUAAGUAACAUGGCAGAAUCAAGACCCAAAUAUGAUGGGUUAAGAUUAUCAGAAAUGUAAAGCACCUGUGAUUAAUAUGCUGAGGACUCUAAGACAGAAGACACAUGACAUUUAAGAAGAGAUAGGCAGUAGCAACAGAGACAGAUGGAAAAUCUAACCACAGUGGCAGAGGUGACCUGCGACAGGGCUCUUAGCAUGCUGCACACAGCUGAGGGAAGAACCCUGGAUCCUGAGGAAAUCACAACAGAAACCUGGAAACCAGUGAGCAAAGGGAAGCAGACGACCCAAAAACCACACAAUCAAUACAGGAAGUGUAACACAUGAGGGAAAUACUGGAAAAUCAAAGAAAAAGAAGAAACACUUGAAAUAAUUGAGAAUAUCUGGAAGUUAAUGGCAGAUACUGAACCACAGAUCCAAAAAGUUUAAUGCCAAUCAAGAUGAGUGACAGAAAAACUACAUGUAGGUUCAUAAUGUUCAAACCAAAGUUCAAAGAGAAAGGAAAAAUCCUGCAAGAAGAUAGAGGAAUAAAAUACUAUCUCCAACAGACAGUUUUGGGAGUUUGUUGCCAGUAAUCCAGUUUUGAAAGCAAUGUUAAGAGUUUUUUUUAGGGAACUUGGGCUGUGGCAACUCAUGCCAGGUGGUGCUAGGUGUAUCCCUAGGCUCCAGGCUGUUGUGGGGCAUGGGUAGCAGGCACAGUCGGUUCAAAGCACGAGGUGUCAGCAAAGGCAGCACACCCAUGGUGGCAGGGGAGAGCAUGGCUCAGCAGUUGGUCUGGGUGAACCCGGAGAAGACAGAAUUGGACACUGAGAAGGAUCAGAUUAUUGAGAUGGCCUGUCUGAUAACUGACUCAGAUCUUAACAUUUUGACUGAAGGUCCCAGCCUGAUUAUUGAGCAGUCAGCGGAGUUACUGGACAGCUUGUCAGACUGGUGCAAGGAGCAUCAUGGGAUGUCUGGUCUUUCCAAGGCAGUGAAGUAGAAUACAAUUACAUUGCAGUGGGCAGAGUAUGAAUCUCUGUCCUUUGUAUGACAGCGGACUCCCCUGGGGCUCUGUCCACUUGGAGGGAUUUCAGUCAUGCAGAUAAGAAGUUUCUUGACAAAUACCUGCCCCAGUUCAUGAACCAUCUUCAUUACAGAACAGUGGACAUGAGCACUGUUAGCUGUGCAGAAGCUGCUCUCCAGAGUAUGAAUUUGUUCCAAAGAAGACUGCUUCUCACAGGGCACUGAUGACAUUAGUGAAAGCAUCAAAGAGCUUCAGUUUUACCUAAAGUAACAUCUUUAUGAAAAGUGGGAAAUAAUAGAAAAUGGAGAGAUGAGAAGUCUGUGAGUUGAUGAAAAGUGGGAAAUGACAGAAAAUGGGGAGAUGAGAAGUCUGUGAGUUGAUGCCAUUUCUCAAGCUGCAUAGCCCACCUAGUUCUCCAGAAGCCACUUUAGUGUCUCUGCCCUGCUAAUGACUCAGUGGAGCACCCAUUCUAAAGAAAAAGUAAAUGGAAUAAUAAUAUUCCAGUUAACUUUGCACCUCCAGAACCCUCAAACAGACAACGCAUCGCUAUUGAGGAAUGUAACAGUACAUGGCAUGAGGAUGUUGUUGGUUAUUUAUUGUGGUAAGUUACUUACACACCAUAAACCCAUUCUAGUCUCUGCAGCCUUUUGAGACCCGUGAAAGAGAGCAAGUGCCCCUCUCCUCAGCCCUUUAUUCCACGCACCCUGUACGCACCUGUGACGGUGCCCAAAACAGAUGUGGUCAGUGCCACAGGUACCGAGAUCUCUCCCUAUAAUUCCCCUUUUAGUCUAAAGAAAAGUUUUAGUCUUGAAACAAAACUAAACUGUGUCAAUAUACAAAAUGUCUUAAACAUAUGUAAAAGCAUAUAUACAUAGAAGAUGAUAAGGAUAUUUAUGCACCAAACAUCGUAAAAGACCUUACACAGUAUGACAAAUUGUGAGAUACAAAAUAUCCAAGAAAGGAAUACAACUUGAUCAUACAUUAUAUGAGAAUCUAUAACAAUGAAAGUUGUCUAUAGCUAAUGAUUUCUAAGGUAAAGAAGAUAUAAUAAUCUACAUAUAUCCCAUCCUAACCAUAUCUAUUCCACCCAAACCUUAAACUUAUCUGAAAGAGAUACCCAAGUCUGAACACCUCCUUCCAAACCCAACCCUAAGCAAUUGAAAACCAACCCUAAACAGGUGUAAAUUAUCCCUUAGUGUCAACAGUAGGGAAAUGGAGCAUUGUAUUCGUAGAAUUACUUCCUGCUGAAAUAGAACAACAAUAACCUCAUGGGUUCCUGUAGGAAGAAAAUGGUAAGAGUAGUGAAAGUCUUUUGUACCUAGUCUCUGUUAGGCAGGAGAUGUUUGACUGAAGUUCUAUCUGAAGUUCUGGCCAGAGUAUAAUAAGAAGGUGCACCGUAUCAGCUAGCUAGUCUGGAGUUGUCUAGAGCAAUGUAGUCCCAAACUGGUUUUAGGGUGGUAAUUGUCAGUUCAGACGCAUCAAGUUGGAUCAAGUGGAAUCAAUGAAGUGGGACCCCAUUUCCUUUUCAGAGAGUUCAAAGAUUGCUGGUAGAUAAUUCUUUGUUCACUGUGGAGGACUUAAGCAUUAAUGUUAACAAAGAAAUUUCAACUUUAUAUGUAUGCAUACGGGAGAAGCAACAAUAAGGAAGAUAAUAAAUAUGAGGAAAAUUAGGUUUUCAGAGAAAGAAUUGAGUAUAGACAAAUGACAGUCCCUAGAUUUUGUUUUCUUCUGUCUUACAUCAAUUGUCUUCUUGAUAUAAUAGAACAACAUGUUUGGAUUUAGAGGAGGAAAGCCAAAUCCAACUCCAAAGCCAGCAUUGGUUUAAGUGAAUUGGGACUAAAAGAGUACUAGGAAGUAAAGAGAAAUAGAUUUUGUAUAGAAUAGUGGUAGAGUUUACCAUAAGACCGAUUCUCCUUUGUUUGAUGGUUCUUUUUGGAUAGCUAUCCUCUCUUCUUUAAUUAUCUACGUGUUCAGUGUCUUUUUGCUUUCUGAAGAUGGGUUUUCCUGUUAAGACAAAACCAAAACACUUCCCU